CUAGCACCGCAAUUUCGUCGUCGGUCAUUUUUGUCUCUACAGUCUCAAACUCAAACUGUACAGUACCGUAAUCAAAUCUAUAUAUCUCUCUUUCACGCACUCUCUCUUUCUCAGUGUCCGUUGAGUUGGGGACAAAAUGACAAAUCUCGCAGCUUCUCUUGGAGUUCUGUAGUGAAUUGAACUGUGGAUGAGACGCUCUCUCUGCAAUUCGUCCCCGUAAAAUUUCACCAUGAUGCAAUCAGGAUAUGAUAUCAAUGAUCUAUUUCGAGAAGCUCUAACCCGUUGGCUGAAGCCUGCAGAAGUACUCUUCAUUUUACAGAAUCAUGACAAAUACCAGCUCACGGAGGAGCCCCCUCAACAGCCAACUAGUGGAUCUUUGUUUCUAUUUAACAAGAGGGUGCUUCGGUUCUUUCGUAGGGAUGGUCAUAAUUGGCGUAAAAAGAAGGAUGGAAGAACUGUUGGAGAAGCACAUGAACGACUUAAGGUCGGAAAUGUUGAAGCGUUAAAUUGCUAUUAUGCACAUGGAGAGCAAAACCCAAGUUUUCAGAGACGUAGUUAUUGGAUGCUGGAUCCGGCAUAUGAGCACAUCGUUCUUGUACAUUACAGAGAGACUAAUGAGGGAAAGGCCACUUCUGCAUCUGUUACACUCUUAUCUCCAGGAUCCUCUUCUACCUUCAGUCAGAGUCCUAGCUCUUAUACUAAAAAUCCAGGCUCUAACUCCAUAAUUAGUGAUUUCUUUGAUCCUUACCAGAGUUUAUCUAGUCCAGAAGUGAGUUCUGAGAUAGCCAUCAAGGAUAAUGGGAUGGAUCACCUGGACAGGGUAGAUAGAAGAGAACAGAGAGAGAGUUCUCCUGAGCUUGAGGUUACUCAAGCUUUACCUCAAGCUUUACGAAGGCUUGAGGAGCAAUUAAGUUUAAAUGAAGACAGCGUCAAAUAUAUUAGUACAUUCUAUAGUCAAGAUGAAAAUUCUAAUGAUUCAGAUAUCCUGCAAUACGAAAGGGAGAAUGCAAAGCAGGAUCAAUCUGCAGCUUUACUGCAUGGACCAGAACAUAUUGAUCAGUUUUAUGGGGGACAUGUUGUCAUUCAGGACUCAAACAACCUUGAGUUUCUUUCUGCUGCAGGUGACACUGGUAAAAAUCACAAUCAAUCGUUUGGGCAUGAUUUUACUGAUGGAAGUAAAGGAUCUUUAUCUUGGACAGAGAUGUUUGAGUCAUAUAACACUUCAUCAGGUGUUGAGUCCCAGAGUGAAAACUUGUACAUAUUGGAUGGAAAUGGAAAACCUCCUUCUUCAGGGAAGGCACCUAAGGAAGAGCAGGAACAUGGUCAUUGGCUAAAUUUCGAUGUAGAUAAUUUUGAAAACACUUCUAUGUCUCUGGCUGAGGAAGCUGACAGGUUUAAAUUUCCUGCGUAUUCUUCAGAGAUAGAAUCUCAUGAAACCAAUUCCAACUACUACAUGACGUUUUUUGACCAAGGCCAAACAGGAAUUCCUCUUGAAGCAGACUCAAGUUUGACUCUCGCACAGAAACAGAAAUUUACCAUUCAGGAAAUAUCCCCAGAAUGGGGUUAUGCCAACGAGGCCACAAAGGUCUUCAUUAUUGGAUCUUUCCUCUGUGAUCCAUUGGAAUCUGCCUGGACUUGUAUGUUUGGUGAUCUUGAAGCUCCUGUUCAGAUCAUUCAGGAAGGUGUCAUCUGCUGCAAAGCUCCUCCUCACCUUCCUGGAAAGGUGACUCUCUGCAUCACUUCUGGCAAUCGGGAAUCCUGCAGUGAAGUCAGGGAGUUUGAGUAUCGGAUUAAGACUAGUGCUUGUGCUCACUGUAAUUUGCCUAAUACAGAAGCUGCCAAAAGUCGUGAAGAGUUGCUGUUACUUGUUAGAUUCGUGCAGAUGCUUCUUUCUGAAUCAUUGAUGCAGAAAGGAGACACUGUAGAAUCUGAAAUUCAACUACUUAGAAGAUCUAAAGCUGAUGAGGAUUCAUGGGAUCAUGUCAUAGAGGCUCUCUUAGUUGGCAGUGGAACUUCAUCCAGCAUGAUUGAUUGGAUUCUUCAAGAGCUUCUAAAAGACAAGCUGUGCCAGUGGCUUUCAUCCAUAUCCCAGGAAGGACCUGACCAGACAGGCUGUUCCUUGUCCAAGAAAGAGCAAGGGAUAAUACACAUGGUUGCAGGGUUGGGCUUUGAAUGGGCCUUAAACCCAAUUCUCAAUUAUGGUGUCAAUAUAAACUUUCGUGACAUUAAUGGGUGGACUGCUCUUCAUUGGGCUGCACGCUUUGGAAGGGAAAAAAUGGUCGCUGCACUUAUUGCUUCUGGUGCAUCAGCUGGGGCAGUGACAGAUCCCAAUUCACAAGAUCCAAGAGGUAAAACGCCAGCAUCUAUUGCAGCUACAAAUGGGCACAAAGGACUGGCUGGCUACCUUUCAGAGGUGGCAUUAACUAGCCAUCUGUCAUCCCUCACACUGGAAGAAAGUGAGCUUUCCAAAGGCUCUGCUGAGGUUGAAGCAGAAAUAACUGUGAAUAGCAUUUCAAAAGGAAGUCUUGCGUCAAGUGAGGAUCAAAUUUCCCUUAAAGACACCUUAGCUGCUGUCCGGAAUGCAGCCCAGGCUGCUGCACGUAUACAAUCUGCUUUCCGUGCACAUUCGUUCCGACAACGACUACAUAGACAAGCUUCCUCUGUUGCUAGUAUAGAUGAAUAUGGUAUCAAUUCAGAUGACAUUUCAGCACUGUCAAGGCUAGCCUUUCGUAACCCGCGUGUUUACAAUUCUGCUGCAUUAUCUAUUCAGAAGAAGUAUCGAGGUUGGAAAAGUCGCAAGGAUUUCCUAGCAUUUCGUCAGAAAAUUGUUAAGAUACAGGCUCAUGUGAGAGGUUAUCAGGUAAGAAAGCAUUACAAGGAAAUCUGUUGGGCUGUUGGAAUUCUAGAUAAGGUUGUACUUCGAUGGAGACGGAAAGGAGUUGGUUUGCGAGGUUUUCGGAAUGACACACAGAUCAUUGAUGAAACUGGAGAUGAAGACAUUCUCAAGGUGUUUCGCAAACAAAAAGUGGAUGUGGCUAUUGAAGAGGCUGUCUCACGGGUGCUGUCCAUGGUUGACUCUCCAGAGGCCCGUCAACAAUAUCAUCGUGUGCUGGAGAUAUACCGCCAAGCUAAGGCUGAACUUGUUGGCAUGGAUAGUGAAGGUGUGGGAUCAACUUCUCUAGGUGAUGUGUUCGGAAUGGAAGACGAAGAUUUGUAUCAAUUCCCAUAGCAUCUGUUAAUCAGUCUAACUAAUCAUAGGUUGGCCAUUUUUUAAUCUCUCUAGAUGGUUUCUGGAUUUAGUUUGUGCAUAAUGGGUUGGAUUUCACUAAAUUGUAUAGUGAUAGAUAAGCUCUUGCUCUAAUAUAUUGAUUAUGUAAAUGCUUCAUGUAAUUGUUGUAAAUGGUUUUUUUAGGGGUUUGAAUGGGUUUAAGUA